GCGGGCAGGGCGCGAUGACGUCACGGUGACGGCGUCAGGCCGGGACGAGCGAGCGGAGCCGAGCGGGCCGGGCCGCGGGAGGCAGGUUUUUGGCUGCUGGAAUGGGGGAGUACGGAGUCGCUCCAGGCCAGCGCGUGGCCAUCGUCUGGGACAGCUCCUCGCCGGUCGAAGCCCUGAAGGAUUUGGUGGAUAAAGUCCAGGCACUGGUGGGAGCUGAUAAUUGUGUCUCUGUGGAAAAUGUUAACCAGCUGCCUCAGUCGGCUCACAGGGAGUCCAGUUUUGACGUAAUCCUCUCUGGCAUGGUCCCGGGCAGUACAGCACAGCACAGUGUGGAGCUCUUGGCAGAAAUAGCUCGGAUACUUAAGCCAGGAGGCCGUGUCCUCCUGAAAGAACCAGUGGUUACAGAAUCAGGAGACAAUGGCAAAAUCAAGACUGCAGCCAAGCUCCUCACAACUCUGACUCUCUCUGGGUUGGUGGAAGUGAAGGAGCUGCAAAAGGAAGUGCUGACCCCAGAGGAGGCCCAGUCUGCUGGAGAACAUCUGGGUUACCAAGGCAAUGACCUUCUGGUUAUUCAGAUAGAAGGCAGGAAGCCCAAUUUCGAAGUGGGAUCCUCAAGUCAGCUCAAACUUUCCUUUGCCAAGACACCUGGUCCUUCAGGAAAACCCUCUGUGGACCCAGCUGCUGCCAAGCUGUGGACACUGUCUGCCAAUGAUAUGAAUGAUGAAGGGAUGGAUCUUUUGGACUCUGAUGAGCUGUUGGAUUCAGAGGAUUUGAAAAAGCCAGAUCCAUCAUCCCUCAGAGCUCCAUCCUGCAAAGAAAUGGGGAAAAAGAAAGCCUGCAAGAACUGCACAUGUGGCCUGGCUGAAGAAUUGGAGCAGAAGAAGAGCUCACAGCCCAAAUCUGCCUGUGGAAAUUGCUACCUGGGGGAUGCAUUCCGCUGUGCCAGCUGCCCUUACCUGGGGAUGCCUGCCUUCAAGCCUGGGGAGAAGAUUCUCCUGCAGGAGAACCAGCUGCACGAUGCCUAACAAAGAUGUGUCCUGCCAAGGACUCUGCUGCUUUUCCAUCACUGAGGUUCUUCCUGCAGUCCUCCUCAUCCUCUCAAACUCAUGCUCUCCAGCUGAUACU